AUGUCACCCCCCACAACAGUGACAACACUCCAAAAAAGCCUAUCCAUUCUAAAGACCUCACUGUUACCCAAAGCCAUCCUCCCACCGCCCUCAAUCCACCGCUCCUUCACCCUCGCCUCGUCCCUCUCCGCAAAACAGCUCCCUCCCCGACUCAAAAUCGACGAUGCCGACUUGACCAUAUCCUACCUCAAGGGCACUGGCCCAGGCGGGCAGAAAAUCAACAAAACCAACUCUGCCGUCCAGCUCAUCCACAAACCCACCGGCAUAGUGGUGAAAUCCCAAGCCACACGCUCCCGGUCCCAGAACGAGAAAAUCGCUCGGCAGAUCCUAGCUGAUAAAGUCGAGGACUUGCUGAAGGGUGAUGCGAGUCGGAAUGCCAUUCGGGCUGAGCGCGCACGCAAGAAGAAGGCGAGCAAGAUGAAGAAGACUCGGCGGAAGUAUCGGGAGUUAGGGAAGGAGGCGCAAAAGGACGAGCAUGAGGAUGGGGACGAGCUUGACCUAGAAGACGACGCAGGAGAUGGUACUGAGGGCCAAGGAGAGGCGCAGGAUCAUCGCCUGGAUGCUGAAGAUUCUGCCACCGAGGAACCUUCUGAUAAUCACACUGCUGAACAGAAGCAGCUCGGAUGA